AUGAAGGGUCAAGGAUGUUAUGGCAAUUUUAUUCAAAGCUGUAAGCCUUACAUAGCCAUUAUUUCUCUGCAAUUCGGCUAUGCCGGAAUGAACAUCAUCACUAAGGUUUCUCUCAACCGAGGAAUGAGCCAUUACGUGCUGGUCGUCUACCGGCACGCCUUUGCCACCGCAGUUAUCGCUCCCUUUGCUCUCAUUCUCGAGAGGAAAGUGAGGCCAAAGAUUACACUUCCUAUUUUCAUGCAAAUAUUUGUGCUGGGGCUUCUUGGGCCUGUGGUUGAUCAGAACUUCUACUACGCCGGGCUGAAAUUCACGUCGCCGACCUUUUCUUGUGCCAUGAGCAAUAUGCUCCCGGCAAUGACAUUCGUCAUGGCAGUCCUUUGCAGGAUGGAAACGUUGGACAUGAAGAAAGUGAGAUGCCAAGCAAAGGUGGUGGGAACAAUAGUGACGGUGGCUGGAGCCAUGUUGAUGACAAUAUACAAAGGACAUGUCAUUAACUUUGUGUGGUCUGAGCACAUGCAUCACCCAAGAUCCUAUGCUCCCACAGGGGCCACCGACAAAGAUUGGGUCAAGGGCUCCAUUCUGCUCAUCAUUGCUACCUUUGCCUGGUCUUCUUUCUUCAUUCUUCAGGCAGUGACGAUGAAGAGAUACACAGCUCAGCUCUCACUCACAGCCCUAGUGUGCUUUAUAGGCACACUCCAGUCUAUAGUCGUCACUUUUGUUAUGGAGCACAAGCCCUCUGCUUGGACCAUUGGCUGGGACAUGAAUCUUUUAGCUGCAGCCUAUGCUGGAAUAGUGUCAUCGAGCAUUUCAUACUAUGUCCAAGGGUUGGUCAUGGAGAAAAGAGGGCCUGUCUUUGUUACUGCUUUUAGCCCUCUCAUGAUGAUCAUUGUUGCCAUCAUGGGCUCUUUCAUUCUUGCUGAAAAUAUCUACCUUGGAGGGGUUCUUGGCGCUAUAUUGAUUGUAGUUGGGCUUUACUCGGUUCUGUGGGGAAAGUACAAAGAGCACAAAGAGAAGGAAGCCAUGGAAUUGGAAUCAAUCCCUGAAGCAGUAAAGGGUGGUGGAGAGAAUGGACGCAUGGCAACAGUGAUGGAAGAUAUUGAAGCAAAUGAAUUCCAAAUGCCAAAGGAGACCGUUCCCGUGGUAGCCAUUACUGCUCCCAUCCCGCAGCCCACCGUGAUAGCUGUGACAGCACCAAAAGAAUAAUAAUAAUAUCAAGUGAGAAAUACAGAAAUAAUAGAUUGGAGAGGAGGGAAAGGAGGAAUA